AUUUAAAUUAAAACUGUAACGGCCGCAAAUAAAAACUUUAGUUUCGGUUUUGUUCUAAAAAACUUCAAAAAAUGAGUGAAUUCAAUAGCAAACGCUAUUACGGGUAUUCCAUGGGCAAUGACAAUGGUUUAACCACUACGACGCGUAAUUUCGAAUUCCAGCACACCCGUGCGGAAUACUUGGAUCGCGCCAUACAAAAAUUGCAGAAACCUGAAUUACAAAAGAAAAAAAUGUUUUUGAUGGAAAAAUUUUCGAAGUUACGUAAUCCAGAUGAUAUUCAAAAUCAAAUACGUGACAUAGAUGUCGAUACUACCUGCAGUAAUACUCGCGUUCGCAGUUUAAGUGCAAAUGAAGUUGAUAAUUUAAUUGAAAAAGUUAAAAGCUCAAUGGUUGUUCCUCACAAGGAAAGUGCCAAACAAAAAGAUACGAAUGUUGUGCAGAGUCCAAGCAAAUUUCCUAAGGUGGAAGAAAAAAGAUGUAACUUGCAUAUAAAAUGCAAGCACCGUGUAAACCUGGAAAAUAAGGAAGCUAUGAAAAAAAUUGGACACGUUGCGAUUUCUGAGUAUCGUUACCCGAAACCAAAGUGGGUAGAAAUUGAGGAAGCGAUUAAAGGUACUGCUCAUUAUGCUGAUCUGAAGCAGGUCGAAAGUCUACAAUCUACUAUUGAUAUAUCCGAUACUGAAAUGGAUAUAGAAACACAAGAAAAUCCAUCUAAUGAUGUAUCUCCAAGUUGCUUAUCACCUCAAAGUAACUCACUGGAGUCGAUGAGAGAUAAUACCGCACUCAACAUGGCAGAUUGUCAUGUUUAUGAUGUUGAUUGCAACGCUGAUAUUGAGGUUGAUGAAGAAAUCGAAGUAAUUGAUUCGGAUUUGGAAUAUGAAUUGAUACAACGUCCUGACUAUACUAAAUUUUGCUCCCCUCGCCCCAGACCAGAAGAUCUUGAUAAGCAGCCUUUUGAAAACUUGUUACCACCACAAUUUAUACGCAUUGAACCUGAGAUACCGGCAAUGGGCUUAAGUUUCCUCAAGAAUAUUGCACCAAUGCGUUACACUGAAUUAACUGAUGAUACACAACCAGAUGAAUGCGACGAACCGCCACAAAUGAAAGUUUUCAUUAAACACCGUAACAACAGCGAGGAGAAAUUGCGUGUAAGUGUUGACGACGAAAAGCAGGUAGAAGAAAAUAUAUCGGAAGAUACGAGAGAGGUUCAAAAAGUCAAGCAUGUAGAAGAGGCUACAAAAAGUAAAAUUAAUCCGCGCACUAAGUAUACUAAAUUCAGCACAAAUACUGCAAAACCUAAUGUAGCUCCUAACAACACUGCACCACGUGUUCAACCUAAACCUACUUACGUGCCCCAACGUGCACAAACUGUUAAUAAGCAGCCAAUUGAAGCCCCCAAGGAACAAAAAAUUAAACCCAACAAACUUAAAAAACUCAAAAAACUGAUUCUUACCAGAUCAAUUGAAGAACUUAAAAUUGAAAAGGGCCAUAUCUUCACAAAGAUGACAAAUACACAAGAACGUAUAAUUGAAAUGUUGGAUAAGCUGAAGUUAUGUCUUGUCGAAAUAUAUGCACCAACUGGUCUCGAAAAACAUAAAAAACAAAAAAGUGCUUUCGAGUUUGCAGUGCGAUUUUCACGUAAUUUUUUGUUGCCGUUAAAGGGCAUGAUACAAGACCUUCGAACUGUUACAUUAGAGCAACUCAAUAGCGCUGUAACGAAUGAAGCGACUUCGAGAAUUUUGGGUAUUUAUUCGCUUUUGUAUCAGGCUUUGCAAACGUAUUCGAAACAGAUUCGCUAUUUUUUAAUGGAUUCUUUACCGCAAAAGCUACUUCAGCUAAUUGACUACAUACAUACAGUCACUAACAUAUGUCUUGAUAAGGGUAUUUUCGAUCCUAACGAUGCUAUUAUAGAUUGCCUUAAGGAUCGCUGUACAAAAUUCGCUACUUUUAUUUGUGAUUUGCACACUGAGCGUUUUACACAAAAACAUAAAAGUUCUAAGGCCAAUCAUGCCAAUUAUGAUUUGAAAAUGUUUAUGAAUGACUUGAAUAUGUACGAGCCAAUCCUUGUUCCAAAAAAUGUUAAAUAUCGUCCACGUCGCCAGAUGAACCAACGCAAACUCGUGGCUUCACAUUCGUCUACAAGUUUGAGAAAACAAUCUAUGGACCCCAUUCCGGUACCUCCUGCUGGUCCCUCUUCAACCGAGGAUACAUCAAUACUCGUUCAAGAGAGAUAUGUUGAUACUAUUGUUAGAACUGGAAUUGAAGAUGUUCAUGACAGCAAUAGCUCAAUUAACUUAGUUCAUACAUUAGAGUCAUUUUUAACUGUACCUGAGAAGAACCCAGUAAACAAGCAAGAAUUGAGCAAAGUUAUCAUGGAUGCAUUACAAACAGUAACAAAAGAUCAAGUACGCCAAGCAUUAGACUCUAUACUUGACUCGCUGGGUUCUGCCUUAGAAACAAAGAGAAACUGUGAUACAAUUGAAACUAUAGUGAAUGCUUUGCAUGUAAAGUUAGAUGAAAGUGAAUUAGAUAAUGAUUUUAACGAGGACGAAGAAAUGCCGAAGGAAAUCGAACCGAUAAGCAGCAAGGUAUCAGUCCAAAGCACGUCUAAAUCGUUAAAAGUCAGAAAGCAUACUAAAGCACAGCUGCAUCAAAAACAACCGCAUGAGCCGAGUCCGUACGAAAAUUGUUAUGACGACAACCACAUGUACGACUUCGACACUGUGUUGGGUAUGCAAGAAAAUAUUGAGAAAUUCGAUAUGGACGGAGUGAAUGGCGUAGACGUGAACUUGCGGGAUAGCAUAAGCUUUGUAACAGAAGAAUCGGAAGUCGCCGAGGAAAAACUCUAUGAUUCAGAUGGUUCUCUCUCUACUCAGAUGUUUCUGCAGCAAGAACAAUGCAGCGACCUUGAAUUAAGCGAUACAGAACAGCAGCAAAAUUUGGAGAAAAAUAAGUACAACCGUAAGACUAAGAAACAAAUGUUUACACAAAUUCGUCGUAAACUCUCCGAACUGAAAUUAGAAAAGCAGCAAUUGCAGAGGGAACUACAAGAACGUGAUCAGCAACUUGAGGAAUACAAGAAACAGGCCGAACAAUUUAAAAGAGAGCAGACUGCAACUACCAAUACGCUCAAGACGCGACAAUCUCAAGCGCAGAUACAUGAAAAGUAUGCGUUUAAAUACGAUAAAUCACACGGGCAGCUUAACCUAAAAAAAUUAAAGUCUCCUGCUACGUCACAAACACAAUUAGAUAAUAGUAAUAGUAAAAGCGGUUCUAGUUACACUACAAAUACUGUAAAACCUAUAAGAACCAAAGCCAGUGUUAGUACUCGACCUUCAACAGCAGCGAAACAACAAGUUAAACGUCAAUCCAAACUUAAAACAAAAAAGAAGCGUAACAUAUUUCUACCACCACCUCCUGCUCCAACUGUGACACCAUGCACCUCAGCACGUUCAAACUCGGAUCAAAUGUCUAUGUCAGAGAAUAUGAUGAUCAAUGCAAUAAACUCUCGCCAUUCACCGCGCCGAAGGAGUAGUGAUGUUAAAUUAAUUGAAAACAUGCCAAUAAAAUAUUAUAAUACAAAAAAAUGUGUUAGUAAUAAUGAUAUAGACAAGGCAUUGGACAAAAAGCUGUCAAACAGACGUAAAAGCCAAAAUGUUGCUGUCACCAAAUCGGGUCCUAUACGUGUACCUUUUACGCAUUCCUUCGGUUUCUCUCAAGCAAAUCCGUCAAACAACAUUUUAGAACGUUUCUCUCAAGUAAGACAGGCUAAGUAUGAUUUGAAUGGUGUUGACAGCUCCACGCUUUUACCCAGCCACGUGGAUGCAGUACCGGUUAAAAGUUUUAUGGAACUACAUAACAACGUCAAUGCAGUUAAGUCUAACAGUUCACGUGGAUCACCUUUACUGGCUUCAUCAAGGAAUAGUUUAAUAAGAGAAGAAGAGGCUGUCGAAAAGUUAUACAUAAAUCAUAAACAACCAAUCUUAUUGGAUGAUUCUGAGUUUAAUCAUCCUUAUAAAGAUCUAUAUAACUUAGAAAAAUUUUUGCAAAAUAAUUUGGACCGUAAUAUCCCUGAAUAUGAUACAAUGUGUACAGAAAAUGCAUCGGAACCAGUUAAACUCCUUCCUAAAUUACCACAAAAACGGUCUUCGAAAAACAAAAUUUCAAAUAUUGAAGCUUUCUCUAAAGAACGUGAUGCAUUUUUGGACUUAUGUAGCACCAAUCGUUUUUAUAAGAAUCCAAAUUUCAAGGAGCCAUGGAAAGUGUUCACCCAGCUUUCUGAGAAGCUGGCAAAUGAAAUUGUGAAUACAGUAGAACUUGAUUUCUCCUCAGGUGUGACAAAAUUCGUUGAAGACUUUUUGGAAGUGGAAACUCAAAUAUAAAGUAGCUGUUUUUUGAAGUUUUUUCUUAUUUUUCCUAUUUAAUCAAGAACCAUCACCAAUUGUUUAUUUUAUUGAAAAAACGAAUAUUUUUAUACACACUUAUUCAGAUAGAAAUUACUUAUGAAUUACCCUAUUUUUAUUUAUGCA